AUGAUUAAGUGGAUAUUGAUCGUAACCCUUGGGUGCUGCGCACUAAUUUACACCGCCAGCUCAUCACCUAUCUCUACCGAAGAACCAUCUAGAUUGGUAAGUUCAUCCGAAGUAACAGACAAGGUAGCUCCAACCCCAAUAGACAGCGGCAGACAAUCAGCAGAAUCGUCAGGCUCAGCAGCUUCACCAGCUCCAGUAUCUGAAGUACCACAGCCAGUUGUCGCAGCCGCCGCCCCAUCAGCCCCAGCGGCGUCCACGGACGACGAUGACGAUGAUGACGACGAUGAUGAUGAUGAUGUCUUAGACUUAGAUAUCACCGGCGACGACGAUGACGAUGACGAUGAUGAUGACGAUGAUGACGACGACGAUGACGAAGAAGACGACGAAGAACAAGCUGAUGUUGUGCCACAACCAGCCAGUGCCAACGGUAAUGUUGCUUCUUCCGUAAACGGUGGCAACGCUGGUGGAUCACCUACAGCUACACAAGCCUCAUCGACCAGCGAUGAUGAUGAUGAUGAUGAUGACGAUGAAGACGAUGACUACUUCGACAGAUUCUUCGAUGACAUCCUCGGAGCUAACAUUGUUGACGGUUUAUCGACAGAUAGUGAUGAUGAUGAUGAUGAUGAUGAUGAAACACCGGGAACGGUCUCUUCCGUGGUGCCGAUAUCUGGAUCGGUGUCCAGCACGAUCACGCCUUUAGGACAAUCGGCAAGCGAAUCGGUGGACUACCCUUCAGGAACUGCCGGUGAGCAACCGACAAACGCCGACUACGAUGGAGCCGUCGAGGAAGGGGACUCGUCGUCAUCGUCGUUUUCUGACAUAGAUGGUCCACAUACUGUCACCUUAUUGUCUCCAUUGCCAAAUGAUGACGAAUUAGCUGGUAAUGGCAAUGCGGCAUCAGUCCAAGUCGUUGACUCGAACAGCAUAGCUUCCGCAGUUGCCGGCCAAGCCUCUUCCCAUACCGAAACGAGUGAUGAUGAUGAGGACGAUGAUGAUGAUGAUUCG